UCACGCAGUGACCAGAAAGGGGGGCCAUUGAUCUGUGGCAGGAACAUUUAUGACCAACUUGAAGCAGUCUUUUCUGAUCGACCGGCUUUUUGUGCACAGGUGUAUCCGAUCUUUCUUUACAUUGUAUUAUUGACCACACUCUUUUGUCGAAGCCUCUAUCCCGUCAUCAUGCGUAGUGCUUCCGCAGUCACUUUCGCAGCAUUUGCUGCGCGUGCUCUCGCUGCUUCCCACACCCUUUUUGCUGGUUUCUUUACUGGCACCAAUCUGGUGCGACUCGAGUUUGACGACUCUACCAACGCGUUGACCCUCGUCGAGAAUAUCACGGCUCCGGGCACAAGCAGCCAGAAAUGGAUCGCCCUCGACUCACGGAAGAAGAACCUCUAUGUGGCCACCACUGGCUACUUACAGAGUUACACAAUCGAAGAUGAUCUAAGUCUCACUUACACGAGCAAUGUCUCCCUGUCCUCCAACUGUACCAAUGCCAACUACAUAUCGGUGUCCAGCGUGUCCCCGUAUACCGUCUUUGGUGUCCCGUUCAGUACGGGGUGUUCCAGUCUGGCCAUUUCUGUUGACGACUCCGGCGCCCUGAAAAGCCUGAUGGCCACCGUAGAUUACGAUCCUGGCUCCGGCGCCCACGGUAGUGACAUCAGCCCGGAUGGCGACUUCUUCUAUUCUGCUGAUUACACGGGCAGCGGCGUGUGGACUCACGCCGUUGAUGAGACGGCCGGUACGGUCGAAGAGAUCCAGCAUCUGUACACUGAGGACGGCAGUGAACCCAGGCAUAUGACUAUCCACCCUAAUGGGAAAUGGGUUUAUGUUGUGUAUGAGGGACCUAGCUCGAUUGCUGUGUACAGCCGGGACAACAGCACUGGGAUGUUGUCCUUCACCAACACCACUUAUUCACUGCUGCCUGAUGGAUUUACCAACGCCUCUUCCUACUGGGCCGAUGAGGUACUUGUCUCGACCAAGGACUCCACCUCGCCCAAGUACCUCUACGCCGCCACCCGGUCGCGAACGAAAGACAUCCCCGGCUACGUCUCCGCCUUCUCGCUGGAUGCCGACACGGGCGCCAUCACGGAGCAGCUCUUCCUCCUGCCAACAACCAACAGUGGCGGCCCCUCGAACUCUGUCGGGCCCGCAGGGUUCAGCGAGGAGUACUUUGUAAUCCCCGACGCAGCGGCCAACUUCCUCGAGGUCUGGAAGAUGGCGGAUGAUGCGUCCAGCGCGGCUGCGGUUGCCCACUUGGAUUUACAGAGCGGUCCUGCCAAUGCUGUUUGGUACAGCUAAACGGCCAUGCUGACAAGGGCUUCCGAAACGCAGGCACGGGUCCACACGUGUCAACUGAGGCCGUGAUGAAAAUAGUGCAAUACACUCGUGAUUUCUGUCA